GGCCUUAAAACCUUCUGGAAGAGCUACAAAGUCCUGAUUGUUAUGGGAGCUGGCCUUGGGCUGGUGCACUGGGGGUGGUUUCACAUCAAGUCCAGCCCCAUCUUCCAAGUGAAGACAGAGGACUUUGUGCCAGAACCUGCGAUUGUGGCAUAUGUGAUGCAAAAAGAUAACAAAAAUAAAGAAAAGUAGCUUUAGUGCUAUUUGUUGUAGAUAUAAAUAGCUUUGAAGAUUUUUUCACCUGUGAGUGUUGCCAGAAGAAGAGAUGAGGAAAGCUAGCUGGAGUAGAAAGAACAUUCUACUAGUGGCAGGACUGUCAUUUAUAGGUGUCCAUUUUGGAACCAUGCUUGUAAACUUUGUUGCAAAAAAAUCUGUUCGAUCACAUUCAGAAACUAAAAAAGAUGAUCGUUGUGAAUGAAAUAGCUUAUUGUUGUCAUUAUAUAUAAAUUUCACAAUAUGUCUCAUUUUAAGAGAUGGAUCCUGAGCAGAUAAUCAAAUGUAUUUAUCAUACCGUUUCACAUUGAAAAUAGUAAUCCUUGGCUACAAAGAAUAAAAUGUAGUAAUUUGAAUUUAAUGUACUGUGAAUUAAAUUUUGAAUUUAAAGUGCUGUGAAUCCUAGAUCCAAGUAAAAACAAAAUCUGAUUUGGAGGCCAGAAUUAAAAUGUUAAUUUGAAAAUGUCUCGUCUUGAAGCUAAAAAGCCUUCAUUAUUUAUUAGUGACCCUUUAAGUAAAGAUACAGGUAGCCAGUCACUGUCUCUGUUAAAUAGGAUAUUAAAAUCUUGCUAUGGUCCUGCUGGUAGACUUAAGCAACUCCACAAUGGUGUAGGAGGCUAUGUAUGUAUAACUUCACAAUCUUCAGCCAUACUUGGCCAUCUUUCUGUCAGCCAUCCUGUGUUAAAGGUUUUAACAGCCUCUGUACAGAACCACAUAGCACGCUUCAGUGACUGUGGCUUAUUUACUGCUAUUCUUUGCUGUAGCUUGAUUGAAAACUUUAAAAGCCUACAUGUUCCAUCUUGCACAGUCAUUGAAAUAAGCAAACAUCUUUUGAGUUUGUGUACUGACUACCUCAAAUCUGAGGCCUGUGGUUGCCGAGUAUCUGUGGAUUUUAGCAAUCUCAAGACUCUUCUUUGUUUGGCACGCAGCAUAUUAACAAGCAAACCCACUUGCAUGCUUAAUGCAACAGAAGCUGAUCAUCUCACCAUGCUAAUAGUAAAGGCUUUCAUGUUUACUAUUCCAUGUCAUGUUGAAACUAAAGCUGUUUUAGGAAAGUGUGUAACAGUGCCUGUGAAAGGUAGAAGAGUUCUGGAUUCUACAGUUCUUCCUGGACUACUGAUAGAAACACCAGAAAUUCAAUUUGCGAAACUACUUUCUGUCAAAAGAAUUUCUUCUGACACUAUCAAGAUAGCACUUUUCUGUGUGUCCAUGUCAGGAGACCUCUUCAACCCUGAAGAAGGAACCAUAACAGUCCAUCACAGAAUUUCUCUAGAAAUGUCAGAGCUGAAUCAGUUGCUUAAUGUAGGAAAGCAGCUGGUUAAUGAUGAGGUGGGCCUUGUAGUGUGCCAGAAAGUUAUCCAUCCAUCAUUGAAACAGUAUCUUAAAGAGAAUCAAGUCAUGGCUGUGGACAGAGCUGGGCUAUCUGUGAUGGAACCCCUGAGUCAAAUGACAGGUUCCAAGCCUAUAGCUUCCAUACAUUCAUUUUCUCCCAGUUGUUACGGAAGUUUGAAGGAUGUGUGCACUAAGAGUUUUGGCUCAAAACAUUUUGUCCAUCUAAUUCCCAAUGACACAGUUAUCUGCAGCUUGGUACUCUGUAACAGAAAUGAAACGGCGUGGGAUGAACUGAAGCGUGCCUGUGAAACUGCAGAGCAUGUGUUACAGUUAACAAUUAAGGAACCCUUGGCUUUGUUAGGAGGCGGCUGUACAGAAAGUCACUUGGCUUCAUAUAUAAGAUACAAGACUUGUAGUCUGUCUACUAGCAGCUUUAAAGAUGCAGAUUGUUCUCAGACACAAUACCAGUUGAUUGCUGAUGCUUUUUGCCGCUCCCUGGAGUCUGUAGCUUGCUCUCUGAGUCAUGAUGAUGAAAUUCUCACAGACGCGGUUUAUGGACACUGUUGGCUUGUCCCAUCAGGUUUUCCCUCUGUCUCUAAUUGGUCAGAUUUACUCUCAAAAUGUGGCUGCGGAAUUAACAGUAAUACUCAGAAUCUCAACUGGAGGCUUUUGCAACCCCACUUUGGCUCUCCAACUAUACAGAGCCGCCCAAAAGAGCCUUCAGUAGAUGCUGCGGACUUGCUGACACUGGACUGUUUUGCUGCAAAGUACAGUGGCCUACAAGUAGCUGUGGAGACAGCCAAUCUGAUUUUGGAUCUCUCAUGCAUAAUUGAAGAUCAAAAUUAGCUCUAUGAUAUGAAUUGUGUUGCACAGUGAGAUACUUAAUCAUAGAAUCACAGAAUGGUUUGGGUUGGAAGGGAACUUAAAGCCCAUCUAAUUUCAACCCCCUGCCAUGGGCAGGGACACCUCCCACUAGAGCAGGUUGCCCAAAGCCCCAUCCAAGCUGGCCUUGAACACUGCAAGGGAAGGGGCAUCCACAACUUUCUCAGCAACCUGUUGCAGUGCCUCACUACCCUCAUAGUAAAGAAUGUCUUCAUCUCUAAUCUAAAUCUACCCUGUUUUUAGUUUAAAGCCAUUCGCCCUUGUCCUAUCACUACACUCCCUAACAAAGAGUCCCUCUCCUGCUUUGCUGUAGGCCCCUGUUAGGUAUUGGAAAGUCACUAUAAGGGUCUAAAAAGUAAUUAUAUUUGAAAGCAGAGUAAUGUAUAACAUAUUAAGGUACUUAGAAACGGUUAGAGUAUGAACAACAGACAGAAAUUAAGUCUGUCAGCUAUGAAUUACUCUUCUGAUUGUUAAGCUACUGACAUAUAGCAUUUUCAAAUGUUUAACAUGGUAGAAAUUGUGAAAUGAUAAGCCAAAUAUUCAGUGAGUCACAGCAACAUGACUUACAAGUAUUCAAAUAGGUAUAUUCAAAAGAGCGAACUACACUUCAAAAAUUGCAUUUCUCGUGUCCUUCUAGGAGAUUUGAAUGUUCUGCUUCAGUAAAUAAAAUGCUAAAUUGAAGGAGGCUGUCUGAUGUUCCUGCUGUAUUAUGCAAAGUGUUGGAUGUUUCUGUAGACUCUGGCCUCUUCAAAGGAAUGGGGAAAAUGGAUUUACUUGCUGAGGAAAAUAUGUUAUGGAUUAGAAUUUAUGUCGUCUCAGCAAAAGCUUUACAUAGAUUUUUGUACUGCAGCAAGAUGUUAUCACUAGUAUUUUUAAUUUUCUAAGUAAAAAGAGAAGGGUUUCCUUAGCAAAUACCUUGAGCAACUUAUUGUCAGAUUCUGCUCUGAAGUACCUUUUCCUGUACUUGGUUUCUAAAUUGCUGGAAGACUUUCAAUUCAUAUAUAAUUUAUUUAGUAAGUUGUUAAAAAUCAACCUGAAGAUCUUAAGGUAGCAGGUAAUGGAAAAUUUAAAAAGAAAUGGCAGACUGACUGACUUGGGGGGAAGCUUUUUUUGUACAGUGGACCCUGAUUGCUUUCUGUGGAAUACAGGAAAGUUUAUAAAUGUUUCUAUUAUAUAAGUAAAGAUGCAAGAAUGUCCCAGUUACCAUUCACUUAACUCUUUGCAUAUAGUUUCUUUUAAUGAACUAAGGCUUUAAGCUGCACAGACAUGUUUUGCUCUUUAAAUAAGGCUUACACUGAAUGAAACUUUCCCAUUUUCAGCAUGCAUGCAAGAUCAAAAGAGGUGUUAUAGUUUCUUAAAUUAAUUUUCUUUAUCCCUUUUCUCCUUCCUCCUUGUUUUCCAUCACAAGGGGCAAAUUAUUCACGACAUGCUUUUCCAGAAAACAGAGUUACGUAGUCUGCUUAUGUUUCCUCAUCUCCUAAGUUUUUAAUUUAUGUACUGAGUAUAAACAGUGAAAUUGUCUUGUGUAACUCAGUUUUGAAAGGUGUAAUUAAAUACAGAUCUUUCCAGA